AUGAAUCGCGGAGGUGGCGGUGGUGGGCGCAAAGUCCUUUUACCCCCAAUCAACUUCAUCUUCAAGCUCCUCCAGCAACAUUCAACCGUCCAGAUCUGGCUUUACGAGCAGUUGGCUAUCCGAAUUGAGGGCAGGAUCAGAGGUUUUGAUGAGUUUAUGAACCUCGUUAUUGACGACGCGGUGGAGGUCAAGCAAGCCACCAAGACAACCGAGGAGAGCCGGAGAUCGUUGGGUCAAAUACUGCUGAAAGGAGACAAUGUGUCGUUGAUCCAGAGUGUGACUGGGUAA